AUGCCACACAAAGUCACCAACGACUCCAAUUCUACCUUGGCCAGCGCUAGUAGCACCAGCGACCAAGUCAUUGCCACAGAAGUCCGAGCCGCCAAUCCCGUUCGCAAACCUCCCGUCAUUGUCCAUAAUAAAGGCGGCCAGAUCUACGACGAGACCAGGCCGUCUGACUGGGACAAACAACGCUGGAAGUAA